ACCGCUCCCGCCGAAUCCACGUACGUCAGCCUUGACCGUCUCGCUCGCCGUACACAUGAGGUCGCCAACGCCGCGGAUGCUGGUGCUUGGGGUGUGGGCGGCGUUGUGCGCGUGCGCACUGGCCGCGCCGUGCCCGCUGCCGGACGGCUCGGAGGCGUCGCUGGUGGCUCUGCUGCGGCUGCGCCACGGGGCCAACUGCUCGCGCGUCUCGCUGCAGGGCCUGCAGCAGCACGCCGCGCUGCUCGCCGCCGCCGACGCCGCCAACGCCGAGGCUCCCGCCGGCACGCUCAAGAUCGGUGUGCAGGUGUUUGACACAUGCUCGGAGCCUGAUGACGCUGUGAAGGCGACGUUGCGAGCUCUGGUGGCCAACGAGGGAACCUGUCUGCAACCGCCGCUGUUCCUCGGCUUCGUGGGCCCGAUGGACGCGGCCGGGCUGGCGGCGGUGCAGCGGGUGACGCGCGUCUUCGAGCUGCCGCACGUGGUGGCCUUCGGCGACGACGCCUCCACGGCGCUGCCCGUCACCUCCCACAAGCCACAGCUGCGCACGCAGGCGCUGCUGUCGCUGGUGCAGCGGCUGGGGGCCCGCCAGCUGGUGGCGGUGCGGGCGGCGGACGCGACAGCUGCGCGCCAGGCUGAGGACCUGCUGGCCGCCGCCAAGGCUGCCAACAUCUGCGUGCUGCGGCCGCCGCUCGACACCACAGGACUCUCCGCGCUACACGACGUGAGCAACGGCACGCUGGUGGUGGUGCUGUCCGGGGAGUCCGCCGAGCUGCCUCUGGGCGUGGUGGGGGCGGUGCCCUCGCGGCUACCGCUGCUGGUGGUGGGCGGCGCCGCCGGCGUGCUGCCGGCCACGGCCGAGGAGGCGGCGGACGCCGGGGGUCUGCGCGGGGGCGGCGCCGCCCCGCUGCUCGUGCUGCACGACGUCGCCGAGCCGGGCGUGCUCAAGGAGGACACGUGGGCGGCGCGCCUCAGGGAGCUGCCGCUCUGGCACGACUACCUGCGCCAGAUGGGCGCCGACGGCGAGCAGGUGGCCGGCGGGGACCGCGUCGUGCAGCUGAGCGAGACGGGCGACGCGUCGCUGGUGCCGGUGACGUACGCGGUGUCGCUGUACGCGGCGGCGGCGCGGGCGGCGCAGGCGGCGAGGUGCCGGGGUUCGGGCCCCGGGCCGUGCCCGGCGCUGCUGCAGCUGGCCAGGCCAGAGUGGCGCGCCACGCUCGCCGCCGUCACCGCCUUCGCGCGCCAAACCGCCGCCCCCGCGCGCCGCCUCCGCUUCCACAUGGACCUGCCCGCCGCCGCCGAACUCCUACUCUGGGACGCCGCUCAGAGCGCUCUCCGCAAGGUGGGCCAACUUAGCGGCAAGCAGCUGUCUGUGAGCGACGAGUCGGCGAUGGCGGUGCCGCAGCUGGAGGUGGAGCCGGACCCGUCGCUGUGCUACGGCGCGGCGCCCGCCCCCGCGUCCGCCCCCGCUGGCGGCGCCCCCGCAGCCGCCCCGGCCGCCCCCGCUGCCCCCGCCGCGCCCGCCCCCGCUUCCGCCCCCUCGGCCACGCCGGCGCCGACGACACAGCGGCCAGCCGCGCCCGUGGGCGGUCCGGAGGACCCGCUGGCGGCGUUGCUGGGCGACGACUAUACGUACGACCAGAUGGUGGGGCUGCUGGCAGGCGUCGGCGUCGGCAUGCUGGCCUUCUUCGCGCUCUGCGUCUACGUCGUGUACUCCAGCUUCCGCGUCAGCAGCGGCAAGAGCGACAAGCAGUCCAACAGCUCCGACUCGCCGCGCCACGGCUCCUCCAGGCGCUGCCGCCGCCGCAGCUCCUUCACGCCGCGGUCCUCCGCGCGACGGGGCUCCGACUAGCUCCCUGCACUCACCCACCUACACACAUACUCUCAUAUCCCCUCUUUAACUCGCUAGAUUGCUUUCUCACUCUGUUGUAUUCACCAGAUGCACUUCAUGUCGAACAUACGUGGGUUGGAUAAAAUGAAGUGGCAACACUAUUACAAUUAAUACCAGAUUGUACUGACAGACAUUACGUAGCCUCAACAUAACCCCCCCAACAUCUCGAUCACCUUCCCCCACACACGUGGAAUGUGUCAUAUACUGCCAGCGCGUCCAUCUCUGUCGAUUCUCGCAAGGACCGCCCUAUAGUACAGAUGAUGUCUUCUCUUGUGUUGUAGCACGUGCCAUGAGGAGGUUCCUUUAUUUUGGCGAACAGGUCGUAAGCGCAUGGACUAACAUUGGGUGAACCCCACGUGUGAAGGAGCUCGUGCACUGGGUUCACCAACUGGAUUCAUACAUUGUAAUGCAGUGGCAGUAGGUGCUGUCGCUUUCUUCUCAUUGCGCGACGAAGGUGGUGUCGCAAGAAUUUUCUGUAGUAGGGUGCACUGGCACCCGUGGAUGUCGUAAGCCGCAAUAUCCAUCAAUUUGGUACCAGCUGGUUCAUGGUGCACAUUCUGUGGGCAAGGAGAAUCACGUCGUUUCCAUUCAUUGGGCCGGUCUUGAAUGACAGCCCUGCCAUCCCGAAACACUCCCACCCAUCCCGCCACCGUACGAUGUGGCAAUGCUGCAUCAUCAAACGCCUCACGCAGAGCCUGAAAGCAUUGUCGUGCAGUCAAACAACGUGCCACUGCAGUCUUGAUUGACGCACGUUUUUCAUGUUUCCUAAACUCACUUCUAGGGCGCUUGAACUGGCCUCCUUACGUUUGCGGCUGUGUUAGAGUCAGUUUCAGUGUGUACUGUCUGAAAGUCAGAUAGUACACAUUGAAACUGACUCAAACAGAGCUGCCGCCGCUCACUGCUCUGCUUGAACUGACCUUCUGCUAUCAGCUGCAUAUAGCGCGCUUGCCAUUGGACGCACAUCCUUCAUGUUACGACAGCGUUGGCAAUACUUUUCAUCCAACCCUAGUAAUAAAGUGGCAGGAAGAGAACUCCUCAACCCGUCGAGUCGUUACUGUUACAAAGUGGUUUGCUUGUACACAGCAACCAUACAGCCUCGUCGUAGGGCCAAAUAGGAUUAGGCGACAUCUAUGGCAGAAUCAUGGCAACACAGAUUAGCAACAAUUUACAAUAAUUUAUUAGGAAACUUUAUAAUAAUUAACUGUAGCUGAAAAUAAUGUGCAGCGGUAGUUUAAUGUUUACGUACAGUAACCCAUCUUUAACUCUUGUCUAGUCCUAAAUCAAGUGAACAAUAACUACGAUGACUUGUACAAUGAGCACUUGGACCCUUCUUAGCAGCAACUGUUUGAGUACUGAAGCUUGCUGAUAAACGGCCACCAUGCUGUAUUGAAGUACUGUUGAUAACAACCGUUGAGUGAAGCCAUUUGUCUGCUAAUAUUAUGCUAUCAGGAUGGAAUUCCACUUUCGAACUCUUUUUGUGACUUCAGGUGGGAGCAUAAAAUAGGGCUGGCCUAGAGCGCCCUCUCUGGACGCUAGCGUUAAAUCAGUUGCACCUGAGUUUUAGGCAACUUGCUGUGUUCUGUAUCUUCCGGAGAACGAAACACAGGGGUUUGGCAAUAUGCUAGCACCUUGUUGUUUCGAGUCGUACAAUGGACAGUGUGUGACCUAGGUCUUGCACCCAGUUGCAAUUGCAGAAAAACGUCCACCUCAAUUCAGGGACGGCCAAAUUGUUCAUGUGGGUAUUCUCGCGUGGCAUUCCCACUUUCAUCGUGUUGAAUGCCCUAGGUCACUGACAGAAGUAAGGUUCUUCUUUUGCGAAGAGGUCUGAACUUCGAGCUUUCUCUUGCAGUGUCCCAGUGGGGGCCCUUCAGUACCAGAGAUAUCUGCAGGAAGCUUCCAGCGCGCGGCGCUCCACGUACCUUUACCAAUGUGAUGUUAAUGUCGUGACUGGCACUACAGUUUGAUUACAAUUAAAUCUGACACUAAACAUCCUUUACUCACUUAGACAACAUUCCAGCUAAGAUGACAUUUCAGUGGAGUCCAGCUCUAAUGGAACGUUAAUAUUCCUUAUUUUACUAAAAUGGAGACCAUUUAGGACACCUAACUGAGACAGGAACAUUAAGUUUCAAUUCAGAUCUGCUCAUCACUUAAGCUCCCUAUCUCCUUCUGCAAUCUUGAAGUUUCUCUGCAUAGCUCGUGGAGAGUAACUAUAUGAUUCUGCAUCAAUCCUGCACAGCAGCUAGAUGGUUAUUUUCACUUCUCAUAGAAUCUUAGCUCAUAUUUAGUUUCUGAUCAGUAUGCUGUAGAUUUUAAGUUACAGGUCAACACAAUUUGGCAUUGCUCCAGAGCACCCUUUCAAUUUGUCCUCAUCUCCAUAACUGCAUGGAAUAUAAUGUGUGGCCACUUUCCUGGCCCCGCCAUACACAGUUUAGGCUUGUUCUCUAAUGUCCUUUGGAUCUAAUUGCUUUUAAUAGACACUUUACGAAUACUUUCUCUUCAUCUGCCUGAAGAUCUUUAUUUUGCUAUCAGCUUUCCUUGUUCGUAUACCGCUUAUUUCGGAUUUUAUUUCAACCAGCUAUUAUUUUUUCCCAUUUUAAUCUGAUUUUUUAGGAUAAAGUUUACCUUUUAAUAUAAUGCAAAUAAAGCAGUCCUUGUGCAAGAUAGACAACAGCAAUAUUUCUCCUAUGCCCUGAUCCUUGCAUGAAGUCACAAAGCAUGUUUACUGUAGUAAAUACAUACUUUUGAAUUACAAACCUACUGCAGCUAUGCCAACAAGAAGGAAUAAUCAUCAAUGUAUUUCAAAUUGUUCUUCCAGUGAAAAGUAUAGUUCAUUUGUUUUUAGCUACAAUCGAAGUUAUUGAAUGUUUCAUUUGUUCAAAAGCACAUCAUUGCUGUGUUAAUUGUAUCGUGGUUUUGUGCCACUUGCACGUUUAGGUGUCAUUCUUCUCAGAGUAAGUACCACUUAUUAGUGAGCCCUCGAAUCCCUAUAAUUUGAUUUACCUUAAUGAUAACCGUUUGCAGUCAUAUUUGUCGUCUCCAGUUCUUAUGUUUUAGCGUUCCGCUCACAAAAGCAUAUUUAUUUCUCCAAGUUUUCUUCAGUUUGCGGACUGCAUGUACCACAUCGUCCUUGCCUUUCAUGAAUGAUUAUACUAGCUCUGUACUUUGAAACUUCCAGAAUAUGGCUUACCCGAAAAUUGCUUUCGUUGUUCUGCAGUGUUCAAAACUGAAACUUCCUACUGAGGUAGCAACAAGUUCCCGUAUUAGUAACAUUAGAAGAUCAAUAUUGUAUGUCAUAAUUUUUCGUUAAUACCUACUUUUUCUUCAUGUGUCCAAAACGCAUUUGCAAUGAUUCUUUAAGCGCAAGUUAAUCCGUGACCAAAGUUAGAUCUAGUUGUCAACUGAGACAAUAUUUUAGUUGGUAAAAGAAAUAAAUGUGUUAUGAACUUAAAAAAACAUAUGAUGUAACGUACAUUAUAGUUCAUGAAAAUACCACCAGUAUGUGUAACAACGUAUGUUAUUUACUUUUGUGCAGAUGACUUCUGCAAUCUUCUUUCUUUUAUAGAGAAUAGCACUUGGAAAGUUACAAUGUACAAACUAUUGUUGUAGUAAUUAUGCAGUAAAGUUACUAACCACGAAAUGGAA